AUGAUUAUAGGAUUUCUCGAUGAUGAUCAAUAUUGGGAUAAAAUCAUGACUGAAUCUCAAUUUGAAUUUUUAUUUCCAAUUUUUCGAUUAAUUUUUAAGAAUUGCAAUAACGAAAAGUACACAAAUAUUGUAGGACAGACAGUAUCGAUAUUUUGUAGGUGGCUUCUACGAACAGCUCCAGGAGAAACAAUCGAAAUACGAAAUAAAAUACUACGAGCAUGUUUAACAUCAAUACAAGAAUACUGCGAAACGAGUAAAAAUAUUUCUCACAUUCAAUUAGUAGCGAAUGUUCUUGAAACAGUGGUUCUUACUCCUCCAUGCGAAUACGAAGAUGAAACAUGGAUUUUACUGAUGGAACUGCUUCCGAAAUUUAUAGAUUUUGAUCAGAAAAGUCCAAUUUCUCUUAAAAUUUGGACUCUUUCGAUGCAAAUUUUUGUUACUUCAGGAUUAAUCACUCCUAGAACAAUAGAAAUAAUGAAAUCUCGUCCUGACAAUCUUGCCUUCCAAAUUUUACUCGGUGAUAUUACAUUAUCUCUUAUUAUUCCUCAAUAUUGUCAUCCAAGGUACUUCACACAAGGCAAAUGGACCGAAGAAACACCAGUAACAGCAGAAUUCAUCACUAGAAUAUCCGAUGCAAUACUUUCUGAUAAUCAAUCUCCCAAUUUUCGCCAACAAAUUUUUUAUGGAAUCUGCGUUUCAAUUACAAGAGCCCGAAGAGGCAUCAUAUCGUUCGAAUACCAGAUUGAAGAUAUCCUUCCUUCAUUCGCAGAUACGAUUUUCCCACUAGAUAAGAUUAACCCGUCUUAUUACGGUAUAAUUUUUGAUUUCUUUGCUUCAGGGAAGCUUUCACCGACCAGUGAUUGGUUUUCUGUAUUGAAAACUGCAAUCCGAAAUCAAAUUUCCAAGAUAUCUCCACUUGAUGUUUUAAUUAUGAUGGCUGGAAUGUCCAAUUUGAUUUCACAUCGUCCGGAACUCUUUAUUGACUUGAUUCCUGAUAUGAUCAUCUCAAUAAAAGAUGCAGAUUUGCAGAUUCCUGCAGAAUAUUUAAAUAUAAUUCUUCAUAUCUGCACAAGUCUUAACGAAUUAGGUCAAUUGCAGGAUAACAACAUUGCCACAUCAUUAGUUAACGUUAUAAGAUCUAAGAAACCUUACGAAUCUCCUAUUUAUAGUAAGAUUUUCAAUGCAAUGACAAUCCGCAACUUUGAGAACUUACAGAAUGAACUUUCCUUCCUGGAGAACUCUAAAACAAUGCAAUGGCUUCUUUAUGAAGGCUUUGCUCCUCAUUUUUCACAAAAUCUUGUCACAAUUCAGUCAGUUGAGACCAGAAUUGCUCAGUUUUCAAAGUUUAAGGACUCAGAUCCCGCUAUAUUCCUUCUCUACCUCAUAGAAGUCCUUUCUUUAUCAACUAAUUUGCAACAUAACCAAGAUUUAAAGUUAAAGAUCUUUUCUGUUGCAGAUAGAGUUAAAAAUAUUGAUAGUUGCUACUUCCUUGCAGGAUUUCUUCAGAAUUUGGUCGCUAUUCCAAUUAAAUAUCAGUUAUCUGCCAUGGAUGUUCAAAAAGAGAUCGAAAAAUCAUCUCUUAAGGUCAGAUUUAACUCAGGAAUUGCUUCUUCCUCAUUCGCUCCAGAUGGAACUGCAUUUCUCAUCAUAAGAAACCAGUUUUCUAUGUCCGCGUUCAGAGUUUCACCGACACAACCAUCUACUGUUGAGCCAGUGGAACUUCCUGUACCCACAAAUCCUCCGAAAUCCUCAGGAACAGCUAAUUUCAAACCAUUUAUCAGAGAAGAUUCAUCAAGACCACCGGAUACGUUCUCAAUUCUGGCAUCUUUGGGACUAUUUACUGCCAAUAACAAGAACAGAUUGGAGAUUUUCCCAGAUACAGAGUUAAAUGACCUCCAAAAUUACGAAAAACUCAUUGGGCCGAAGGUUUUGAACAUCCCAGUAUGCAGAUUAUCACAGAAGUAUUGCAACGACAUCUUCGAAGCUGAUAAAUCAACAUCAGGAUUCAAUAAUUUCCUGACAGACCUUGAAAAUUUCAGAAAUUGUAAAGUUGGCAAAAAUUUGUCAAAUUUGCCAGUUCCCUCAUACGAUACAGCAUUAUUCAGAUUUAAUUUUGUGUCCACGUUCCACUACCCUGAGAAUCAAAAAGAAGUCAUCAUAGAACAACUCCUCAAAUCCAAGUGCAUCGUUGUGUUUUCGGAAGGUGGUUCAUUGACACUUUACAACAAACGGUUUGACGGGUUUGAUGUUGUAAUUAAUGUAGCGAAAGUAUCGAGUGAUUUGUAUUCCAUGGAAGUCUUGAAGGUACCAGAACGCGUGAAUAUGCCAUUCGAACCAGGAAUGAAGAGAUUGGUCGUGAAAUCAAACUUAUCUCAUGAAAUUGCGUUGAUAUUCUAUCUUUAUGUUUCAACUGACAUUGAAAAGUUCUAUGUUAAUGAGAGACUUGAGAUGUCAGGACAUGGAAAGCUGUUUAGCACAAAUUCCGCAAGUUCGGAUGGACUUGAGCUACUUAAUCAGCUUUUCAGCCAAAUGCUUGUUUAG